AACGUCAGUGUAACUGUCAGAUGAAAUGGGUUGAUUUUGUUUUACUGAUUGAACAAUUUUUUGAAUAUUUCCUUCACAAUUUUUAAGUAAAGUACGAAAAAUAAGUACAUAUAAUGAUAAGUUUAAAUAUUGUCUGAUAAAUUUGACCUAAUCUAUGAAAUAAUGAAAUAGUGGGUAACUUCAUUGAUUAGUUAUUUAUUUUCAUAUUAGUGAGUUUGCUAAACAUACAAAACUCGGCAAAAAAUAGUGAAGUCAAUUUUUCAUCCUUAAAUUGCUGUUUUAUUGGAAAUUGCACACUUUUUUUCCAACAUAACUCGUAUAGGUUUCCACUGAAUAGUUGCGUUUAACUGACUAUAAACGAAAAAUGUUAAGCUAAAAUGAGGAUUACCGGAGAAAUAACAAUUAAUUUGUGUAUUAGUACUAUGUUCAGAGUGUUAGUGCAUUGUUAUUGAAUUUGCAAUAUCUUGGAAAUUGAGCAUGGAAUAGUCCUAAACAAAUAAUAAAAAUGGACAAUAUGUGUAAUAUGUGCAAGAAAUUGUUCCUUGUUCCAAAGGGGAUAUUCAGGUUGUGCUUCAUAAUUCUCAACAAUGUUUACUGCAUAGGUACUUACACAAUAUGGAUGAUGAUGCUAUAUCCACUAAGAAAACUGGGCUACCAGGAUAUGUAUUAUAAAAUAGAAGGAAAAAUGUUUCAUUGGAUGUUAGCUAUGGUUGCAAUGUGGAGUUGGUGGGCUGGAUAUGAGGUGAUGGAAGCAGGAGAUGACAUUACAGAAUGUCUCGAAGACAGAACCUUGGUAAUAGCGAAUCAUCAAUCUACAGGAGAUGUGCCUUUAUUAAUGGCUACUUUUAACACAAGGAGGCAAAUAUUACCUAACAUAAUGUGGAUAAUGGACAGUGUCUUCAAAUACACAAAUUUUGGCAUUGUUAGUGUGAUACACCAAGACUUCUUCAUUAUGUCGGGGAGAAAACUAAGAGAAAAGUCACUUCUGAAUCUAGCAAGCCACAUCUACAAGACAUACAUACCACUCAAAAGGAAAUGGAUGAUACUGUUUCCAGAGGGUGGAUUUUUGAGGAAGCGUAAAGCGAACUCGCAAAAAUACGCGCUCAAAAACAACCUUCCCCAUUUGGAACAUGUAACAGUUCCACGUGUAGGUGCUCUACACACCAUUAUGGACUGUUUGAAUCCCGAAAAAGUUGCAGCAAACAAUUCUACAAUAGGUACAGAAAUCACUUUAUUGCUAGAUGAGACAUCCGUCCAAAAAAUAGAAUGGAUUCUUGAUAUAACAAUAGCCUAUCCGAAAGGAGACCCAAUAGAUUUAGCUGAAAUCGUUUUUGGAUACCGACCACCUUGUAAAACAUUAAUGUUUUACAGGCUAUAUCCCUUGAGUCAAGUGCCUAAAGACCCAGAUUCCCUAUCUAAGUGGUUGCUAGAUCGAUGGGUGGAGAAAGAGAAAAUGCUAGGGACAUAUUACCAAACGGGAGAAUUUCCCUUAGAUGAGAAUUCGCACUUACCAACGCCUGUUGUCCAAGAUCCCUUGCGUUUCCUUAUUUUACAUUUAAUUUUCAUAGCAUCAACUUAUUUCCAUAUACAGGUGUUUGCGGCGGCCUACCAUUACUGUAGUUACCUAAUUUAUUAGCACAUUUAUUUUGUGAUGACACAGGAAAAGACAAUAAUAAUUAAGAAAGCACAAAUAGCUUUCUUCAGAAUGGAGAUGCUAGUUAGGCGAGUCUUAUUUCACCAUUAUUGGCUUUUUGAUGGUCAGAUUUAAAUAUUUUUGGAGAAUUUUGUUAUUCAAAUAAGAAUUAAGAAUCUGCGAUUCUUGAAUAUAUCAUGAUGAAGAUGAAUAUCGUAUUCUCAAAUAAAGAGAAAAGUUAAGACUCCCCAUUCUAUUCAGUUUUCAAAUACAGAAGAAUGUAUUUUGUAAUUUGAAUUGAGAAGGUAUAUGGAAUUUUCAAUAUUUGGGAAUUACACUGGAAAUUGUAGGGAACAUUAUUGAAUGCGUAUUUAUUGUGAAACAUAUUAAUGUGAAUACUUUUGAAAUUGAAACAAGUUCAAGACCUUCUGUUAAUAUACUUAAUUGUUCCAAACAGUGCAUUAAUAUAGCUACUUGAUUGAUUUCAAAUCAGUUAAAUUCAUGAUUCAAUAAAUUAUUACAUAUG